AUGUCCGAUACUAAUCCGUCUAUGUCCAGUGCAAACUCUAAAAGAGAGGACAGUAACGCUUCUCAAUCAAGCCAAACACUAUUCAGUUCUUCCUCAAAUACGUCUACUUCUACUAAUUCGGAAGCUUUGUCAGCAUCUCCUUCUUCCUCCCCCUCGGCGACUGAGUUGACCAGUAUUCGCCCAAUUGGUAUAGUUGUUGCUGCUUAUGAUUUCAAUCACCCCAUAAAGAAAGAUGGCUCUUCCCAACUUUUAUCUGUGCAACAGGGAGAUACUAUAUAUAUACUGAAUAAAAAUUCGUCUGGAUGGUGGGAUGGAUUAGUCAUUGACGACAAUAGUGGGAAAGUUGAUAGAGGCUGGUUUCCUCAAAACUUUGGAAGACCGUUAAGGGACAGUCAUUUUCGGAAGCAUAGUCAUCCGAUGAAAAAGUACAGCUCAAGUAAAAGUUCAAGACGCAGUAGCUUGAAUAGUUUGGGUAAUGGUGCGUAUUUGCAUGUGCCCAGAAAUCCAAGUAAAAGUAGAAGGGGAAGCUCUACUUUAUCAGCGUCACUGGCAACCGCUCACAAUGCAGAGUCAAGUACCGGCAACAAUAAUGCUACAUCUGUGAAUAAUUCUAGUACCUUUUCGACUUCGAAUGAUGAUUCCCAAGUGACCCCUGAGUCGUCAAACUUCAACUCCAAUACCAGCCUUACGCAAGAUUUAACAAAGAGUGCUGAACGAUUAUCCAAAACGAAUACAAAUACAACGAUGAAUGACAGAAAUACCGAUAUUCAAUCUUAUAGCGAGAAGGCAAGCCCCGUACCAAUUCCAGAGGAUACUAUCAAAAUAUUACCGUUAGAAGAGAUAGAAAUGAUAAUAAAUGGGAUACACUCCAACAUUGCAUCCACUUGGUCCCCUAUACCUCUGAUAUCAAAAACAUCAGAUUAUAAAUUGGUAUACUACAACAAAGAACUGGAUAUUUAUUGCUCAGAAUUACCUUUGAUUUCAAACUCAGUCAUGGAUUGCGAUGACAUUUGUGAUAGAGAACCAAAAUUCCCCUCUAAUGAUCAUUUGAUCAAAUUAUACACAAGAGAUUUAAGGAAAAACGCAAAUAUAGAAGACAAUUCGACAAGGUCGAAACAAAUGAGAAAUGAACAGGACAGGCCGACUCAUUCAAUAGAACAACAAGACCCAGCGCAAAUUGAUCAUGUUGAUGACGAUGAUAACGAAAAUAAUAAAAACGAAUUUGAUGGGGCUGGUCCUUCAUCAUUAAAUUCUUUGUCUGCCGCCGACUUGGCACAAAAUCAGUCAAGAACAUCCCCAUCUCGUUCUUCUCUAUUAGCGAAAAGCGAUAUAUUUUACCAUUACUCAAGAGAUAUAAAAAUGUGGAUAGAGUUACAAGAUUUGACUGUUUACUAUACAAAAACAGCUCACAAGAUGUUUCUCAAGAAGAGUCGUCAAAAUUUUACAAAGUACUUCGAUCUGAUAUCAGAUUCGAUAGUAUUUACGCAAUUAGCCUGUAGGUUAAUGCAACACGAAAUCAAAGCAAAAAACUGCAGCAAAGAAAUUAAAAAGAUUUUUAAAGGUCUGAUCUCCUCAUUAUCAAGGAUAAGUAUUAAUUCUCAUUUAUAUUUUGAUUCUGCUUUUCACAAGAGAAAAAUGGACACGAUCAAUGGUAAAGGCAACGAUGACCAGGGGAAUAAUGGUAUUAUAGGAGAGGCAGAUGAAAAUAGGAACGAAGGAGAGAAUGCGCACGACCUUGUUUCGGCGCCUUUAUCUGGUAAACGUAACGUCAGUACUAGUACAACGGAUACUUUAACGCCAACAAGAUCAUCCUUUAGUACUGUCAAUGAAACUGAUAUGGAAAACUUUCAGCUUUUAGAUCCGAGAAAUAGUAUCAAUUCCAUGGUAACCCCGAGAACUUCAAUACAAAACUCUACUUUAGAGGACAUUUCUCUAUCGCCAUCUAAUAAAAAUCUAAAGUCAAUCAAGACAGUUUAUGAAAUGGUUGAUUUGGAACUCAGUAAAUUUUCAAGACAUGUUCAGCUACUUUAUUUUGUGUUACAAAACUCUGUUUUUUUAGAUGAUAAUACCUUGCCACAAUUACUACCAAGAUUUUUUAAAGGCACAUUUAGCGGUGGUUCUUGGACAAAUCCUUUUUCAACGUUUAUUACAGACGAAUAUGGAAAUUCCUCAAAAAAUAAAGCUGUUCCAUCAAAUGAGGUAACUGUUUCAUCUUCCAAGAACUCUUCGAUUACAAGGAUUUCACCAAAGAUGACAGAUACCAUUGCCUCCACAUCAGGCUAUAGUGGAAAUUCAGAAACAAAUUCCCAAGCUGACUCGAAAGCAGGCACAGCCGUAUAUAGUUCGGUAGUUACACCUUUCAACAGGCCUUCUCAUAACAGAACAUUUUCAAGAGCAAGGGUUUCAAAAAGAAAGAAAAAAUAUCCAUUAACUGUAGACACUUUGAAUACAAUGAAAAAAAAAUCUACUCAAAUUUUUGAGAAGCUAAAUAACGCUACAGGUGACCACUUAAAAAUCAUAAGCAAACCCAAAAGCAGAGUUAGAAACUUAGAAAUCAAUUCAAGCACUUAUGAACAGAUAAAUCAAAAUGUUUUAUUAUUAGAGAUAUUGGAGAAUUUAGAUUUAACAAUUUUUAUUAAUUUGAAAAAUUUAAUCAAGACUCCAAGUAUUUUAUUGGAUUUGGAAAGUGAGGAAUUCUUAGUUCACGCCAUGUCGUCAGUCUCUUCAGUAUUAACAGAAUUUUUUGACAUAAAGCAAGCAUUCCAUGACAUUGUGAUUAGACUAAUAAUGACUACACAACAAACAACUUUAGACGACCCUUACUUGUUUUCCUCCAUGAGAUCCAAUUUCCCUGUUGGACACCAUGAACCUUUCAAAAAUAUUGCUAAUACAUCCUUAGUUAAGGGUCCUUUGCAUAAGAAAAACGAGCAACUAGCGUUGUCUUUGUUCCAUGUAUUAGUAAGCCAAGACGUGGAAUUUAAUAACCUUGAGUUUUUGAACAAUUCCGAUGAUUUUAAGGAUGCUUGUGAAAAGUACGUCGAGAUUUCUAAUCUUGCAUGCAUUAUCGUUGAUCAGUUGAUUGAAGAAAGAGAGAACCUGCUGAACUAUGCGGCCAGAAUGAUGAAGAACAAUUUAACUGCUGAAUUGCUAAAAAAUGAGCAAGAGAAGUGGUUCGAUAUUUAUUCAGAAGAUUACAGUGAUGAAGAUUCCGAGAAUGAUGAAGCUAUUAUUGAUGAUGAGUUAGGAUCCGAUGAAUAUACGGAACGCAAAACGGCCAAUAUAGAGAAAAACCUUCCAUGGUUUCUAACUUCGGAUUAUGAAAGCAGUCUAGUGUUUGACUCAAGGGGAAAGAUUCGCGGUGGAACGAAAGAGGCACUGAUCGAACAUUUGACCAGUCAUGAACUUGUGGAUGCAGGUUUCAACGUGACAAUGCUAAUAACUUUUAGGAGCAUAUUAACCGCAAGGGAGUUUUUCUAUGCCCUCAUUUACAGAUAUAAUCUAUAUCCUCCUGAAGGAUUGAGUUAUGAUGAUUACAACAUUUGGAUAGAGAAAAAAUCGAAUCCCAUUAAGUGCCGUGUGGUCAACAUCAUGAGAACAUUCUUGACACAGUAUUGGACUAGAAACUAUUAUGAACCAGGCAUACCUUUAAUUUUAAACUUUGCCAAAAUGGUUGUUUCUGAAAAAAUUCCGGGGGCAGAAGAUCUUCUACAAAAGAUAAAUGAAAAACUGAUAAAUGAAAACGAGAAAGAGAUAAUGCAUAUGAUGCAACAGGAUUCGGUGCAAGUAAUUAGUUCUACGCAGAAACGGGAGAAUAAAUCGCCGACACAUAUUUCUUCAUCUUCUUUGCCAUCCUCCGCUUCUUCAGCAUUUUUCAGAUUGAAAAAAUUGAAACUUUUGGACAUUGAUCCUUACACGUAUGCCACACAACUAACCGUACUCGAACACGACUUGUACCUCAGAAUCACGAUGUUCGAAUGUUUGGAUAGGGCGUGGGGUACCAAGUAUUGUAACAUGGGUGGUUCUCCAAACAUAACAAGAUUCAUAGCGAAUGCAAACACACUUACCAACUUUGUUUCUCAUACGAUUGUCAAGCAGUCAGAUGUCAAGACCCGUUGCAAAUUAACGCAGUAUUUUGUUACAGUCGCACAGCAUUGUAAGGAAUUGAAUAACUUUUCUUCGAUGACCGCUAUCGUUUCUGCUCUAUAUUCUUCUCCAAUUUAUAGAUUGAAGAGGACAUGGAAUCUAGUUUCUAUAGAAUCCAAAGAUAUUUUGAAGAAUUUAAACAAUCUUAUGGAUUCCAAGAGAAACUUCGUAAAGUAUAGAGAGUUACUGCGAUCAGUGACAGACAUCGCAUGUGUCCCGUUUUUCGGUGUGUACCUAUCUGAUUUGACAUUUACAUUUGUUGGGAACGCAGACUUUCUCCAUAAUUCGACGAACAUAAUAAAUUUCAACAAGAGGACCAAGAUUGCGAAUAUCGUAGAGGAAAUCAUAAGCUUUAAAAGAUUUCAUUACAAAUUGAAACGAUUAGAUGACAUUCAGACUGUCAUAGAAGCCUCUUUGGAAAAUGUCCCGCACAUCGAGAAGCAGUAUCAACUCUCAUUGCAAGUAGAACCUAGAUCCGGAAAUACUAAAGGUAACUCACACUCUGCUACCACUAGUGGGACGAAAACUGCAAAGUUUCUAAGUGAGUUUACCGAUGAUAAAAACGGAAACUUUUUGAAACUAGGCAAAAAGAAACCUCCUUCUAGAUUGUUUAGAUAA